AUGGACUAUGUAUGUGCUCCUCAACCUCUUGGAAGAGCCGUACAUGACUAUCUGAAAGUCGCCACUCAGAUUCUACCCAAGGAUGCUAAGCUUUCCAAGCCGACUCUAUGGCAUCCGGACCUGCAUGGUGGCAACAUCUUUGUUGAUCCUCUCGAGCCGACGAAGAUUGUAAUCAUCGAUUGGCAAGCGGUCAAUAUUGCUCCACUCUUCCGCCAGGCACGCAACCCUGCACUCCUCGACUUUGAUGGGCCGAUACCAGAAGGUUUAAAACAAAUACCACUACCUGAUGGCUUCGAUGAUAUGACCGAGGAGCAACAACGCGAAGCCAAGAACCUUUGA